UUGGAGAAAAUUUUUUUUUCUAUUUUCCAAAUAACCAAACACACGCCGCAUCUAAUUAGUGUUUAAUUGUUUGUUUCUAUUUUAAUUAAUUGAUUGUUUGUGUAUUUUAUUUCGUCAUUAUGGCUGGUGUUUCUCGUAGUAUUCCUAUUGGUAAGGUUAAGGUUACCGAUGGUCCCAUUGAUUAUGUUCAAAUCGAUGGACUUGUUGUACUUAAGAUAAUCAAACAUUGUCAAGAGGAAGGAGGCGCUUCCGCUGAGAUCCAGGGUGUUUUACUUGGUCUAAUUAUGGAUAGACGAUUAGAAGUGACCAAUUGUUUCCCUUUCCCACGACACAUGGAAGAAGAUGAUAUCGAUGAAACUGAUUAUCAGUAUGUUAUGAUGAGACAUUUGAGAAAUGUCAAUGUUGAUCAUCUUCAUGUUGGUUGGUACCAAAGUAAUCCUUAUGGUAGCAGCCUUUCAAAGAUUGAAACUGUCGAUGCUCAGUUUAUGUAUCAAGCAGCAAUCGAUGAAUCUAUUGUUCUAUUUUAUGAUCCUGUUCGCACACAAAAAGGUUUUCUUUCAUUGAAAGCUUAUCGACUAACCAAUUUAGCCAUUAAGCUCUGUAAAGAAGGAGUCUUCUCACCGGAUACUCUUAAGGAGAACAAUAUGUCUUUCGACAAAUUCUUUGAAGAGAUUCCUAUCAAGAUUCGUAAUUCUUAUCUUGUUAGAGGUCUUCUUUGUGAGAUUGAAGAGAAAAUGGCUGAAGAUGAAGGAAAACAAUUCUUGGAUAUGGGAAGAGUAUCAAUGUUGGAAAAGACUCUUCAUCCAUUAAUGAAGUGUAUUGAUGAUGUCGCCAAAUGGACUAAUUAUCAACGAAACUUUGCUUUGAAACAACAACAAAUUGUUAAAGAAAAUUCGGCUCGUCAAGCAAGAGGAGAUCCUCCAAUGUCCGAAGAGGAAGUUAACAAGUUGAUUAAGCCUGUUCUUCCGCUGCAAAGGUUGGAAGCUCUUCUCAAUUAUUGUCAAACUUUGAAUUAUUGUCAAUUGAGCUCAACUAUUGCGAGUCAAAAUAUCGCUAAACUUUUCAUGGCAAAAGGUUUGAGUGAACCAAGUAAACCGGAAAAAAAUUAAUUUAAUCUUAUGAUUUUUGCUUAUUGUGAUGGAUUAUCUGAAUAAACCAAUUUUCACACCAAAAAAA